AAUCCCGGAUGUGAAUCUGCGCUGCAAUAAUCUCUGCAAAGGUCUCCGACAGGCAAUCAUAUUUUCGCUAUUUUAAGCAUAUUUUGAUAUCUAGUGUAUCCAAAGCAGCCACGACGUGAAAAUUUGGAAUAAUAUGGUUCCAGAAUGCUGUAAGUUAGAAAGUGGUGUUUAUUGAUAAAAUAUAUUUUCGCUUGGGAAAAUUGAUGUUCUGAAAUGUUUACAUCGGAAGUGAUCCCUCUAACAGUCUAAGUUUUCAAGACGUGGAGCUCCAUCUACAUGUACCAUCUUUACCGGCACAACAUCAAUGUUUCAACCCAACAUCUUUAUCUUUAGAGAAAAAGCAGCAUAGCUUAUAAUGGCUGGGACUAUCAGAAAGUUGGAUGAGACAGUAGUGAACAGAAUAGCGGCAGGGGAAGUGAUUCAAAGGCCUGCAAACGCCCUCAAAGAAAUGAUAGAAAACUGCUUGGAUGCUAAGUCUACCUCCAUUCAAGUAACUGUCAAAUCAGGAGGGAUGAAGCUACUUCAGAUACAAGACAAUGGAACUGGUAUAAGGAAAGAUGACAUGGACAUUGUCUGCGAGAGGUUUACAACCAGCAAACUGAGAGAGUUUAAUGACCUUACAAGCAUCAGUACAUAUGGAUUCAGAGGAGAGGCAUUGGCUAGCAUCAGUCAUGUUGCUCAUGUUACCAUAGUGACAAGAACAGAGGAUUCAAAAUGUGCUUACAAGGGAAACUUCUCGGAUGGUAAACUGAAGGCAGCUAUCAAACCUUGCGCUGGUAACAGAGGCACACAGAUAACAGUAGAGGAUCUGUUCUACAACGUAGCUACAAGGAGGAAGGCUCUGAAGAGUGCAAGUGAGGAACAUAACAAGAUCUCGGAGGUGGUCUCAAGAUAUGCCAUUCAUAAUGCUGGGGUAGCUUUCACUCUCAAAAAGUCAGGAGAGAGUACAGCUGAUGUGCGGACUUCCCAGAAUGCAUCGACGGUUGAUAACAUUCGAUCUGUAUUUGGCCCUACUGUAGCAAGAGAACUUCUAGAAAUCAACCAUGAGAACAGCGGUUUGGGUUUCAAAUUGAGUGGUCAAGUAUCAAAUGCAAACUACUCGGUCAAGAGGCUUAUCUUUCUGCUUUUCAUCAACCAUCGUUUGGUUGACUCCAGCAGUCUACGGAAGGCCAUAGAAGCCGUGUACAGUACCUAUCUUCCCAAGAAUGCACAUCCCUUUAUCUACUUCAGCCUUGAGAUAGCUCCCCACAACGUCGAUGUCAACGUCCAUCCCACCAAGCAUGAAGUUCACUUCCUGCAUGAAGAGGCUAUCAUAGAGGACAUCCAGAAAUGUUUGGAGCAAAAGCUCUUGGGCUGCAACUCAUCUAGGACAUACUUCACACAGGCAUUGCUGCCUGGAUCAAAUCUCUCCAUCGCUGACGAUGAAGACAAGUCAAAAGGUCAAAAGUCAAGCUCUACGGACCAGGUGUACGCACAACACAUGGUGAGGACGGACUCGAAGGAUCAGAAAUUAGAUGCCUUCCUACAGGUGACCCCUUCCGGCACCAAAGACAGGUCAUCAUCAUCGUCAUCAUCAUCAUCUAGAUACCAACGUGAUGUGGGUGUGGCUGGUGGUAGUGGUAUUGGUGGUGGUGAUGGUGGACAGCGACCAGGGGUGGUGGAAAUCUUUGCACCUGCAGAAGGGAUGGAUACUGAUGACGGGCAAACUCUACCAAGGAAGAGGCCCCGUUCAGAAGUGAGCAGUGAUACUGAAGGUCCCUCGUCUAGGCCGGGACCCAGUGGGGAGGACCAGGAACCGGUAUCCAGACAGCCUAAGCCCAAGCGCAAAGAGAUCCAGCUAACCAGUGUUCUGGAACUCCAGAAAGAGAUAGAAGAAGACACACAUGAAGAUUUACGAGAUCUCUUGAAGCAACACACUUUUGUUGGGACAGUAGAUGCAGAGUAUGCGUUGAUUCAACACAAAACCAAAUUAUAUCUCGUGAACACUCUCAAACUCAGUCAAGAGCUCUUCUACCAGUUAACGCUGUAUGACUUCGGCAACUUUGGUCUAAUGAAGCUUUCGAAUCCUGCACCAAUCUUUGAGUUAGCAAUGAUUGCGCUGGACUCAGCAGAGAGCGGUUGGAGUGAGAGUGAUGGUCCUAAAGAUCAACUGGCCCAGUACAUCGUAGACUUCCUUAAGUCUAAAGCAGAUAUGCUCAAUGAUUACUUUAGUAUAGUGAUUGAUGAGGAAGGGAAUCUAUGUAGCAUUCCUCUCAUAUUGGACAAGUACAUCCCGGCCAUGGAGGGGCUUCCAAUGUUCAUCUUGAGACUAGCUACUGAGGUUGACUGGGACUCAGAAAGAGAUUGCUUUCAAACAUUUGCCAAGGAGUGCAGUCUCUUCUACAGAAUCCAGAAAAAUUCGAAACUGACAGAUACCAGAGGGGAAAAUGAUGCAGCCUCUGGUGCCGACAUGCCUUCAUACAACUGGAAGUGGACGAUAGAGUUUGUCAUCUUCCCGGCCCUCAAGUCCACCUUACUUCCUCCCAAGAGGUUUGCAGGAGAUGCUAGCAUUCUCCAGGUAGCCAAUCUACCGGACCUCUACAAAGUCUUUGAGAGAUGUUAAUAUGAACAUCUUCCAACUUCUUCAAAAAGAACUUCUUCCAAACUCUACAAAGUCUUUGAGAGAUGAUAAUAUGAACUUCUUCCAACUUCUUCAAAAAGAACUUCUUCCAACCUCUACAAAGUCUUUGGGAGAUGUUAACAUGAACUUCUUCCAACGUCCUCAAAGAACUUCUUCCAAGGUCUACAAAGUCAUUGAAAGAUGUUAAUAUGAACAUCUUCCAACUUCUUCAAAAAGAACUUCUUCCAAACUCUACAAAGUCUUUGAGAGAUGAUAAUAUGAACUUCUUCCAACUUCUUCAAAAAGAACUUCUUCCAACCUCUACAAAGUCUUUGGGAGAUGUUAAUAUGAACUUCUUCCAACGUCCUCAAAGAACUUCUUCCAAACUCUACAAAGACUUUGAGAGAUGUUAAUACGAACUUCUUCCAAGGUCCUCAAAAUCUUGAGAGAUUUUAAACAGAACUUCUACCAACCUCUACAAAGACAUUGAGAGAUGUUAACAUGCCCAGCUUCCAACCUCGAUUGAACCUUUGAUAGAUGUUCACAAGAAUUCCUUCCAACUUCUACAAAGUCUUUAAGAGAUGUUAAUAUGAACUUCGUCCAACGUCCUCAAAAUCUUGAGAGAUAUUUAAAAGAACUUCUUCCAACCUCUACAAAAUCAUGGAAAGAUGUUAACUUCCCAGCUUCCAACCUCGAUCGAACCUUUGAUAGAUGUUCACAAGAAUUCCUUCCAACUUCUACAAAUUCUUUGAGAGAUUUUACCCAGUCAAGCUUCCUAUUUCCAUGAAGUCUUUGAGAACUCUCUGAGAAGUCUGUUUCUACAAAGUCCAUAAGUGAAAGCGAGCUCUACUUCCUACCUCUAUGAGGUCUUUGAGAGGUCUUUGAGUCAUCCCAUCUCUACAAGUCUUU